GAGGAGGUGGGGGGGGGGGGGGGGGGAGCCGACCCGGGAAAGCGCGGCGGCUGCCGGCUCUGAGGAGCGGCUUCUCGCCCCGCCCGGUCGGCGGCUGAGGGAGGGGGCGCCUGCGGCACCUGCCCGGUGGAGCGACCGCUCGCUCCCUGAGGCCGGCGCCCGCCCGAGCUGCCGAGAUGGCGGAUCCCGCUGAGUGCAGCAUCAAAGUGAUGUGCCGGUUCCGGCCCCUCAACGAAGCGGAGAUCCUCCGGGGGGAUAAAUUCAUCCCUAAAUUCAAGGGCGACGAGACCGUGGUCAUUGGGCAAGGGAAGCCUUACGUCUUUGAUAGAGUGCUGCCUCCUAACACCACCCAGGAACAAGUUUAUAAUGCCUGUGCCAAGCAGAUUGUUAAAGAUGUCCUUGAAGGCUACAAUGGCACCAUCUUUGCUUAUGGACAGACAUCAUCAGGAAAAACACACACUAUGGAGGGGAAGCUGCACGACCCUCAGCUCAUGGGAAUCAUUCCAAGGAUUGCACAUGACAUCUUUGAUCACAUCUACUCCAUGGAUGAGAACUUGGAGUUCCACAUAAAGGUUUCCUACUUUGAGAUAUAUUUGGACAAAAUAAGGGACCUACUUGAUGUGUCAAAGACAAACCUGGCUGUGCAUGAAGAUAAAAACAGAGUCCCAUAUGUUAAGGGUUGUACAGAAAGAUUUGUAUCUAGCCCAGAAGAAGUGUUGGAUGUCAUUGAUGAAGGCAAAGCUAACCGUCACGUAGCUGUCACCAAUAUGAAUGAACACAGCUCUAGGAGCCACAGUAUCUUCCUCAUUAAUAUUAAACAAGAGAAUGUGGAAACUGAGAAGAAACUCAGUGGAAAGCUUUACCUGGUCGACUUGGCUGGAAGCGAGAAGGUCAGCAAGACCGGAGCAGAGGGCGCCGUUUUGGACGAAGCUAAAAACAUCAAUAAGUCCUUGUCUGCUUUAGGCAAUGUGAUAUCUGCCCUGGCAGAAGGAACUAAAACUCACGUUCCCUACCGAGACAGCAAAAUGACCCGGAUACUUCAGGACUCCCUUGGGGGCAACUGCAGAACCACCAUUGUGAUAUGCUGUUCUCCUUCUGUCUUCAACGAAGCAGAGACAAAGUCAACCCUGAUGUUUGGCCAGCGAGCUAAGACGAUCAAGAACACAGUGUCUGUGAACCUGGAGCUGACUGCAGAGGAGUGGAAGAAAAAGUAUGAGAAGGAAAAGGACAAAAACAAGAGUCUAAAGAAUGUUAUCCAGCAUCUAGAACUGGAACUCAACAGGUGGAGAAAUGGAGAAGCUGUGCCUGAAGACGAACAGAUCAGCGCGAAGGACCAGAAGAACCUGGAGCCCUGUGAUAACACCCCCAUUAUUGACAACAUCACACCAGUUGUUGCCAGCAUCUCCACAGAGGAGAAGCAGAAAUAUGAUGAGGAGAUUGCCAGUCUCUACAGACAGCUGGAUGAUAAGGAUGAUGAGAUCAACCAGCAGAGCCAACUGGCAGAAAAACUGAAGCAGCAAAUGUUGGAUCAAGAGGAGCUUCUGGCCUCCACUAGGAGAGAUUAUGAGAAGAUUCAGGAGGAGCUGACUCGGCUUCAGAUUGAGAACGAAGCAGCUAAAGAUGAAGUGAAAGAAGUCCUUCAAGCCCUUGAAGAAUUAGCUGUCAAUUAUGACCAGAAGUCCCAAGAAGUGGAAGACAAAACAAGGGCCAACGAGCAGCUGGCUGAUGAGCUGGCACAGAAGAGUAGUGCCCUGACAGUGACCCAGAGGGAGCUGGGCCAGUUGCAGGAGCUCAGUAACCACCAGAAGAAGAGAGCUACUGAAAUCUUGAACUUGCUGCUGAAGGACCUGGGAGAGAUCGGAGGAAUCAUUGGCACUAACGAUGUGAAGACAUUAGCAGAUGUGAACGGGGUGAUUGAGGAGGAGUUCACCAUGGCAAGGCUUUACAUCAGCAAGAUGAAGUCCGAGGUGAAGUCUCUGGUGAACCGCAGCAAGCAGCUGGAGAGUGCCCAGAUAGACUCCAACAGGAAGAUGAACGCCAGCGAGAGGGAGCUCGCUGCUUGCCAGCUCCUCAUUUCACAGCACGAAGCAAAGAUCAAGUCCCUUACAGACUACAUGCAAAACAUGGAGCAGAAGAGAAGGCAGCUGGAGGAGUCACAGGACUCUCUCAACGAAGAACUCGCCAAGCUGCGUGCUCAAGAAAAAAUGCAUGAAGUCAGUUUCAAGGAUAAGGAGAAGGAGCAUCUGACCCGGCUUCAGGACGCCGAGGAGAUGAAGAAAGCACUGGAGCAGCAGAUGGAGAGUCACAGGGAAGCCCAUCAGAAGCAGCUGUCCAGGCUGAGGGAUGAGAUUGAAGAGAAGCAGAAAAUAAUCGAUGAAAUCAGAGACAUGAACCAGAAGCUGCAACUGGAGCAAGAGAAACUGAGUGCUGAUUAUGAUAAAUUAAAAAUUGAGGACCAGGAAAGAGAAAUGAAACUGGAAAAGCUCAUACUGCUUAAUGAUAAAAGGGAGCAAGCAAGAGAAGACCUUAAGGGGCUGGAGGAAACAGUGGCAAGAGAACUUCAGACUCUUCACAACCUGCGCAAGCUGUUUGUCCAGGAUCUUACCACCCGCGUUAAGAAAAGUGUUGAACUUGACAGCGAUGAUGGUGGUGGAAGUGCUGCGCAGAAGCAGAAAAUUUCCUUUCUUGAGAACAACCUGGAACAGCUUACAAAGGUUCACAAACAGCUGGUACGUGAUAAUGCAGAUCUUCGUUGUGAGCUUCCUAAGCUGGAGAAACGACUUCGAGCUACGGCAGAGAGAGUUAAGGCCCUGGAGAGUGCACUGAAGGAGGCCAAGGAGAACGCCAUGCGGGACCGCAAGCGCUACCAGCAGGAGGUGGAUCGCAUUAAGGAGGCUGUGAGAGCCAAAAACAUGGCACGGAGAGCACACUCUGCUCAAAUCGCCAAGCCCAUCCGCCCUGGCCAUUACCCAGCCUCUUCUCCCACGGCUGUCCAUGCCAUCCGAGGGGGAGGGAUGUCAAACUCCAGCUACUACCACAACACCAAAUAGAUGAGAAGUAAGUCCAGUCAAUUCCACUUAGCAUGUUAAAGACUGUCAUUAAGUCACUAGUUUCUUUUUUUUCCCUCCUCCCCCCACCCCUUCUUCUCCAACCCGCCCCGCGUCCCGUUCAUCCUGCGCUUCCUCCAGCCAUCUGCACUGCACUGCUCCCAGGUCUUUUGAGCUUCGUAGGAUCUCCACGUGUACAGAAGUGUUCAGCUCAACUCUCCUGCAGAUACUUGUACAAUGUAUUUAACAUUAACCAUCUCAGUACCGAUAGGAAAUCUGCCUCUCCGAAUCUCUCACCGGCUGCAUCUGGCCCCUGGGCGCUCCUUAGGUUGAGGCUUCUACCCUCUGAUGGAUGCUUUCCUGGAAGCCCUCUGCUGCAAGCAGUAAAUCCUUGACUUCUGGCAUCAAAAGAAUCGCUUCUUCAACGACCAAGUGCCACCCAAGGCAGGUGAUUGUGCUCUGUCACGACUGAUUUACUGUAUAAUAUACAUAUUGUUUUAUAUUUUUAGGGGAUGAAAAUGUGCUGCUAUCUGCUUUGAUUUGAACCGCUUACAUUUUCAGAAGCCCCCCCCCCCCCCCCCCCCCCCAAAGAACCAUUUGUAAUAUCCUGAUGAGAGGGGAAAAAAAAAGGACAAGGAAUCUUUGGACUGUAUAAAAUCACCUCCAUUGCAGGUUCUGGUUGAAAACAAAAGUCCCCCAAAACCCGAGAUCAAAUGGGAUGCAGAGGAAAAAAAUCGUUUAGUCUAGCUCUAGGUUUUGAAGUGUUUGGUAGUGACAUGACUGUAUCUGUGUGACCUAUCUGAAAUCUGAGCUCGUAGUUCCCCCCACCCCCCCCACCCCAGCAGUGGUGGAUUUUCCCUGGAGUGUGAUGGCUAGCCGUGUGUUUUAUUGUUCUCUAUGGAAUUUUGAAGGCUUUCAGAAUGCUGUGGAUGGAAAUCUUGUCUUGGAAGAGCUGACAAGCAUCCCUCCCAACCCCCCAACCCCGUCCCUGCCCUCUCCAACCAACCCUCUCCCCUCCCCGCAUGCCUUUGGCAAGCCCUGAUCUGUCUGCCCCGGAAUUCAGAGGCGGGUGUGAAGAGUCGCUUACCAGAACAAAGGAACGACAAAGAAUCUCCCCCCCCAAAAAGACCCAAAAAUCCCCAGCCCCUACAUGAAAAAAAAUUAAAUGGAGAGAGUCCAAAAGGAGGUGAGAGUUGUCCUGUGCAGAGCAGACUUGGGAAUACAUCGGUUAGGAGAUGAAGGGCACAUUGCAAGGGCGAGAACGCCCUAGGUACGCUUCUGCACGGAGGUGAGGACCGCAGCGCUCGCCUGCCUUGGAUCUUUGGUGCCAGACAGAAAGUUUCCAUCUUCUCAGCAAGGGGGCACUGGAAUCGUGCUGGAAUUCGUUCCUUUGGCAGCAGAACCUGCUCCUUCCUCCUCCCUGCCUCCCGCUUCUGUGCCACGCACACAUCUCUCCUCCUCGCUGGGAUGCGCAGCGCAGACGCCGGCUUCAGCAAGCGCCGACUUUGGGAAGGUUAGGGCCGAGCGUAGCCCUCUGGGCUUGCCUCGCAGACAUUUGCUCUUACUCGAGCUGGAUUCUUUAUGGUUGGUUGGUUGGUUCUUCAUUUCCGAAGCGUUCGUUACUAGAAGCAGAACAAUUUUAGUUCCCCGGGAGCCUUUUGCAAGGUGGUGAAUUGACUUUGAGAUAUUUAUUUAUUAGCAUUUUUUUUUCCCCCUUACCGGAAUCACGUCGCAAAGUGAAAGUCAGACUUAAUUUAACUGCUGUGGUUUGCUUCUGGGUUAUUUUUGAUGUUGCACUAUUCUGGGGGAGCUUUUGCUAAAAAAAAAAGAAAAGAAAAAAAGAAAAAAGGAAAAAGAAAAAAAAAAGUUGCAGAUUUGCAUGUAUUUAUUUUGUAUUUUCCAAAGGUUUAUAUAUUAUUUUCUCCCUCCUUCCUUCCCUCUCUCUCUUUUCUCUCUCUCUUUUCUCUCUCUCUUUUCUCUCUCUCUUUUCUCUCUCUCUUUUCUCUCUCUCUCUCUUCUCUCUCUCUUCUCUCUCUCUCUUCUCUCUCUCUCUUCUCUCUCUCUCUUCUCUCUCUCUCUUCUCUCUCUCUCUCUUUCUCUCUCUCUCUUUCUCUCUCUCUCUCUUUCUCUCUCUCUCUUUCUCUCUCUCUCUUUCUCUCUCUCUCUCUCUCUCUUUCUCUCUCUCUCUUUUCUCUCUUUUCUCUCUCUCUUUUCUCUCUCUCUUUUCUCUCUCUCUUUUCUCUCUCUCUUUUCUCUCUCUCUUUUCUCUCUCUUUUCUCUCUCUUUUCUCUCUCUUUUCUCUCUCUUUUCUCUCUCUUUUCUCUCUCUUUUCUCUCUCUUUUCUCUCUCUCUUCUCUCUCUCCUCUCUCUCUUCUCUCUCUCUUCUCUCUCUUUCUUUUCUCUCUUUCUCUUUCUCUCUCUCUUUCUCUCUCUCUCUUUCUCUCUCUCUUUCUCUCUCUCUCUUUCUCUCUCUCUUUCUCUCUCUCUCUUUCUCUCUCUCUUUCUCUCUCUCUCUCUUUCUCUCUCUCUCUCUCUCUCUUUCUCUCUUUCUGUCUUUCUUUCUCUCCUUCUCCCUCUCUUUCCCUCCUUCCCUCUUUUUCUCUCUUCCCCCUCUCUUUUCCCUUCCUUCCUUCCUUCCUUCCUUCCUUCCUUCCUUCCUUCCUUCCUUCCUUCCUUCCUUCCUUCCUUCCUUCCUUCCUUCCUUCCUUCCUUCCUUCCUUCCUUCCUUCCUUCCUUCCUUCCUUCCCUCCCUUCCCUCCCUUCCCUCCCUUCCCUCCCUUCCCUCCCUUCCCUCCCUUCCCUCCCUUCCCUCCCUUCCCUCCCUUCCCUCCCUUCCCUCCCUUCCCUCCCUUCCCUCCCUUCCCUCCCUUCCCUCCCUUCCCUCCCUUCCCUCCCUUUCCUCCCUUUCCUCCCUUUCCUCCCUUUCCUCCCUUUCCUCCCUUUCCUCCCUUUCCUCCCUUUCCUCCCUUUCCUCCCUUUCCUCCCUUUCCUCCCUUUCCUCCCUUUCCUCCCUUUCCUCCCUUUCCUCCCUUUCCUCCCUUUCCUCCCUUUCCUCCCUCCCUCCCUCCUUCCCUCCCUCUUUUGCCCUCUCUCUCCUUUCUUUCUUUUUCCGUGCAUGUGCACUGCCAGGAAAAACCCAACCCAGACUCUAAGUGAAUCCUGAACUGUGAAGUUGCCAUAUGCAAUCUUUAAAGCAGCGACUCCUGCAGAACUACUCUGUGCUAUCAUCUCACCAGCUGUUCAGAGCUGGACUUUCUGCUCUCAGCUUAACCACCCUCUUGCUUUGGUUCGAAAAGAGUCAUCUUGGCAAAAGAUAUCUCUGACAGCAAUUCAGUUGGGUUUUCUUUUCUUUUGGUACUGUAGUAAAACCUGUGUUCUGUCUCCAAGUUCAGUGUGGAAGUAUGUUGUAGCUGGAAGUAUUUUGUAGCUGGAAAUUUACUCUGGGUGCAGCCUUAGCUUAAAAAUCAAAUGCAUUAAGUUCCUCACGGUGUCACCCUUAGUUCCGUGUGGUGGCUUAGACAGCUCUCUUCAGCUGGAGUAAUAAGUUAGCUUUGACAUCUCUUACUUGUGCUAGUGCUGAUCAGCCAGUCAGUCCAUCUAGCUGAAAAGAACACAAGGGGCUCCAAGUUAACUUUGACAUCGAGGCUGUGGAGGACUUUCUAAAGCUGAAAUGCUGACAAAGAUGCCUCAGGCUGAAACUCUCAGACUGCAGAAGGGGUUCGUUCGCUUGGAGAUUGUUGUCAGUGGAACUUACUCUGCUUCUAUGUAGAUUCUUGGUUUGUAAGCCUAGUUCAAUUAGGCACAACUUCAGUUUGUAUUGCAUAUUGUAUAUUCAACUUUUGUACCAUUUUUAAGGCUCACACAUUUUAUACCUAGAAAGGACCCCCCCCCACAUACGCAUCUGCUCCGCAGAGAUCUAACCCUAACCCUGUCCCUCUGCUACUUCCACCUCUCUCCGCUGCCUUUUCUUUGCUUUGCUCUUUGAAUGCUGUGUUAUUUAUUGAUUCUAGGCUGACUUGAAAAGUUAUGGUUUGUAGAGGCAAAUGAAAUUCUUUCACAUCUGCAAUGUCAUGCAUGGGACAAACAUUGGUGGGAAAUAACCAUUCACAAAUGGGAAACGUCCUUCAGAUGGAGCUGAGGUGUAUAUAGUUCUUUUUUUUUCUUGGCUAGGGAUUAAAAGAGCAUUUCCUGCUCUCUUGAGCUUCUCUUCAUGAUAUGUUCUGAUACCUUGUGUGUAUUUCCUGCUCUCUUGAGCUUCUCUUCAUGAUAUGUUCUGAUACCUUGUGUGUAUUUCCUGCUGUCUUGAGCUUCUCUUCAUGAUAUGUUCUGAUACCUUGUGUGUAUUUCCUGCUCUCUUGAGCUUCUCUUCAUGAUAUGUUCUGAUAUCUUGUGUGUAUUUCCUGCUCUCCUGAGCUUCUCUUCAGGAUAUGUUCUGAUAUCUUGUGUGUAUUUCCUGCUCUCUUGAGCUUCUCUUCAGGAUAUGUUCCAAUAUCUUUUGUUUGUCCUUGAGUUCACGUUUCAUCAACUUUGUGUUUCCUCAAAAGCAAGGGAAGUUCUAAACCUGGAAAGACCUCGGCUGAUGCAUCUUUAAGUUUGUAUUUAACUCCACAAGGGUGAGAGUUGGAUUAUCCUGGGUAUACUGAAGGCUAAAAAUCAAGUCUCACACACACACAUACACAAAAAGGUACUCCAGUAACUUACAUGAAUGACUUCUAAAUGUCAUUUUACAAAGCCUGAUGGACUAAGAUGCACAUUUGCCUGAAUAUCUACUGAGUAAGGCUAGGAAAUACAAGGAAUAAGGAAUCUGAAGACUGUGUAAUAAAUGGGUAUGUAACAUAAAUGAUGACACAGGAAAAAGCCUACUCCCAUUUCCCUUACUGGAGAACCACCUCACGAGUGAGGCACAUCUCAGCUGGAACUGGAAAGGGGGGGAAAAAAAAACCCCACACCGAACAAAAAACAUCAGGAUAAUCUCAAUCCACCCUUGCUUUGAUUAUCUUUUGUCCUCACCGUGCCUGUCUGAACUGCCAAGUGCACUGGAGAACAUCCGCUGUGCGGGAUGGAACACCGCUCCACCGGCUCCUCGCUCGCUCUCACCAGCUUGCCCGUCGCAACGCUCCUUCUGCUGCGGGAGAGCCACGGGGGUUGAGGCAUUCUGUAGAUUUAUACAUGUCUAGUUUGUAAAGUGUGUAACGUGUACUGCAGAUGUGUACUUCUCUGGGCUCUAUGUAUCUUUACAGUAGUGUUCAAUUUAGGAGACAAACGGAAACGAGACAAAAGACCAAACCUAAUUAAUAAACGUUUGGACACCUUUGGCUGGUAA